CCCUCAAAUGCCUCCGUCGCCUUACUGCCUUAAAAACUAUGGUUCUAUUUAAAAGAUUCAUUCUGUGUUAAUGUGGGAAACUUUGAAGUUUGAAUGCUCUAAUUGAGUAAAUCAUUUAACGUAAAUAUUUUUUUUGAACAAGGGCUCUUCUUACCUUUUACUAUACCUUACUGAACAUUUUUACUAUACUUUACUGAUUUACUCAUUCUUUAAUCACUUUUACUAUACCUUGUUGAACUGUGCAUGCUUGUUCCUGAUUUACCUAGCUCUUUUGUUUUUUUUCAUCUUUUAAUCACUCAGCUUUCUAUAUUGUUGUAGUUGGAAGGAACACUUGGAAGAUCUACUUUCGUUCUGUUAUGGAGAUAAGGGUAGGCAUAUAUUAUCACUUCAACAUGAACACCUCAGAGCUUACAGUGGUGGAUCCAGACAAGUAUUGUUACAUAGACAUGGUGACCGACAUAUAUAAUAUUGUUAUUAGGCAUGUCCCCAUAGGCUUUACGGUGAGAUUUAAGGUGAAGUGUAUACUUCCAAAUAAUCAGGAUCUGGAGGUUGACAAUGAUGAGGUUGUGGUUGAGUUGUUUGAAUUGAAUUCACAAGUUGAUUUCAUUAACCUAUAAGUAUAUGAUUUGUAUGUUGAUGAAAGCCCAUCUAGAAAAUACAGAGUAAAUGCCUUAGCUGGUGAACUGGUUAAAAGAGAGAAUGAUUCUAUAGUUGGACAAAUGGAAGAAAAUCCAAGAUUUCCAAACACUGUUAUCCGUCAAAGUCAAAGUGGAUAUGGUGAGGAUGUACAGCAAAGUUAAGUUGGUGUUGAUACUAUUAUCAACCAAAGUCAGUCUAGGUAUGGUUCAAUUGUACAUCAAGAACAGAUGAGUGAUGGUAGCAGGACAAAGCAUCAACUGAGAAGUGGUGGGGAGUCCUUUAGGGCUUCCCGUAGUAAAGGGACUGAUGGAACUGAAACUAGGAGAAAUGGAGAUAGUAGUUAUGCCAUUGAUAAGGGUAGUGGUGGAAUUAAAGUGAUAAGUGAUAAUGAUCGUGAUGAAAAUAGCGACAAGGAAUGGAAAGAAAAUAGUGAAGAUGAAAAUAACUUGGAAGAUACUGAUGGUGAUCAGGAUCUUGAGAUAGAAAAAGACACUUUAUCUGAGCUGGAGGAUGAAGUAAGAAGGGAGCAGUGAGGUAAUAAUGACAAUGAUGUGCAUGAUAGUUGGUCUGAUUAUGAUUCAGAUGAAUUUGCAAACCAUAUGUUGAGAAAGUUAAUUCUGUUGGUACUGAGAAAAAAAAUUAGAGGCUGGAAUGGUUUUUGAUGAUGUGAAUCACUUCAGGUCUAUACUUAGAGACCAUGUAAUUCAAGAAGGCUUUCAAAUUUUCAGAGUUAAGAAUGAGAAAACCAGGGUAAGAGCUGAGUGUGCCUCACCAUGACGUACAUGGAGCAUCUUUGCUUCACUUUGUGAUCGUGGAGCUAUAUUUAUGAUCAAAUCAAUGUGUAAGGAGCACUAUUGUGGAAGAGUUGAUGAAAACAAGAGCGUUACAUACGCAUGGGUAGCUUCUCAUCUUGCAGCACAGCUAAAGACAGAUCCAGAUAUGAAGGCUGAUGCAAUGAAGGCAUAUUUUAUGGAUAAUUAUAGGAUCAAAGUCCCUUACCAGACAUUGUAUAGAGCCAAGAACAAAGCAAGUGAGAUCAAUGAAGGUAGCCAUUCCAAGUCAUAUGCCAAGCCACCUUCGUAUGGUGAUCUGAUUAUAGAAUGAAACCUAGGGAGUAUGUUCAAACUUCAAUUUUAUGAGAGGACCAUAAUGUCAGAUCCCUCUGUGUUUAAAAGGCUAUUUGUUAGUUUUAAGGCAUGUGUAGAUGGCUUUUUGAAUGGGUGCAGACCCUUUAUUGGGGUAGAUGGCUGUCAUCUAAAGGGAACAUAUGGAGGUGUUUUGUUGGCUGCAGUGACUGUUGAUGGGAAUAAAGGAUUGUUCCCAAUUGCAUAUUGUGUGGUAGAAUGUGAAUGCAAAGAGAGUUGGAACUUCUUCCUCUGCAAUUUAUAUAUCAUGCUACAAUCAGUCAAUUAUGUUAGUCCCAUCACUUUCAUGUCUGAUAAACAAAAGGGACUAUGUGAUGCUAUCUCCAAUACAUUCCGGGGAUGUCAUCAUAGAUGGUGUAGUAGACAUCUAUAUCAAAAUUUCAAGUCACUGCAUCCUGGUGUAUUGUUGAGAAAGCAUUUUUGGAGGGUAGCAAAGGCAUCAAAUCAGUUUUACUUUGACAAAGCAAUGAAUGACAUGAAAGCCACCAAAAAAGAAGCUUUUGAUUGGUUGAGUAGGAAUACUCCAAAUAUGUGGACAAGGCAUUUCAGCUGCAAAUCUGAUCAUAUCACUAAUAGUAUGACAGAAUCAUUUAACCAGUGGAUUGGACUAUAUAGAGGAAAACCAAUACUAACUUUGAUUGAUGAGAUCAAGAAGAAACUGAUGAACAAGAUGUAACAAAGAUAUCAGUUGGGAUGUAGCUUUAAGGGUAGAGUCUCACUAAAGAUCAAAACUAAAUUGGCUGUGCUAACCACUGAAGCUAGGGAGUGCAUGGUCCUUACUGCUAGAAUAGAUGAAUUUGAAGUCACAGAUAGUGAUGGGAUAUAUGUGGUUGAUUUAAGGAAGCAUACUUGUGGGUAGACUAUUCUGGACUGCAAUGCAAGCAUGCAGUCGCAUGUGUAAAAUAUAAGAGAGAGAACUUGGAAAAGUACUCUGAUGAGUACUACAGUAUGGCAAAGUACAUGGAAGUUUACUAGGACAUUUCAUGCAAUGCCUGGUCUAGAUGAGUUAAAGGAGGAACACUUGAUGGGGAUUGUUCAACCUCUACCUUUAAAAAGGUUGGUUGGUAGACCAACUAAGUGUAGGAGAAAGGCACCAGAUGAAGAACCAUCAGGAGAGUUUAGAAGAAAAUCCCAUACCAUCAGGUGUAGUACAUGCAGGUCCACUCAUAGUUGUCACGGUGUCAAGGCGAACCAAGGCGGUGGAGGGUUGUCUAAGCGCUUAGGCGAGAAGGCGCCCGCCUUAAGGCGAACUAGGCGAACA